ACGUGGUCUACAAAACUCCACUUUGUCCUCGGCGAGCCACUACUUCCAUCUCCUCCCGCGCUGCGAACACACCUCCGGCGCCAUGUGGAUCAAGGUGUUGACCCUCCUCGGUGGAACAUGUCUGGUGGUUCUUGCGGCGGAGGAGGCGGCCAAGGACUCGGCCGCCGAGGGCUCUCCCGUAGAAGGGAAAGAGGAGGAGGACCAGCGAGACAAGAGGAUGCUGCCUCACUAUUUCCUGAACGGCUGGAACGCCAUGGCGUGGAGAGAAGGCUCGAACGCCCCCUUCUUCCGCCAGCUCAUUCCUCGCCCGGGUCUCCCUCCAAUCCAGUACUACGGACGGCCCCGCAACCACGCCUUACUUUCUCCGGACUCGUUUGACUUCUACUACGCACACCCUUACUUCUACGACAUGGACAGCCCAAGCUUCCCCGUCACUCGAGCUCAAAUGCAAUCUUACUGCUCAGUUAACUUUGGUCCCGGACUGAGCACAGGCGCCCUAGGCUUCGGUCAGGCUGGGCAAGGGUCAGCAGCAGGGUUCCCACCCGGUCCUGCUCCCGGAUUCUCAAGUUCCGGGAGCUUCCCCUCUGAUGGUAAAGGCCAGUCCGCGGGAGGGUUCCCGUCCGGCACCGGCAGCGCCUCGGACUCCAGCACCGACUCGUCCUUCUUCAGCCAGACCUUCCAACGGCCGGACUUCGGUGGUCAGGGCGGCUUCCCGGGUGACAGUUCCGGCUUCAAUGUACCCCAGAGUUUCGGCUCUGGGCGUCCUGGGUCCAGUUCUUUUGGCUCAGGUGGCUUUGGAUCACCUGGGUCACCAAGUUCUGGCUUUGGCUCUACAGGGUCACCAAGCUCUAGCUUUGGCUCACCUGGGGCCCCUGGUUCUAGCUUUGGUUCACCUGGGUCCCCCAGUUCUAGCUUUGGUUCACCUGGGUCCCCCAGUUCUAGCUUUGGUUCACCUGGGUCCCCCAGUUCUAGCUUUGGCUCACCUGGGUCCCCCAGUUCUAGCUUUGGCUCACCUGGGUCCCCUGGUUCUAGUUUUGGCUCAUCUGUUUCCCCCGGUUCUAGCUUCGGCUCACCUGGGUCUCCAAGUUCUAGCUUCGGCUCAUCUGGUUCUUCAGGGUCCUCUAGCUUUGGCUCACCUGGGUCUCCAAGUUCUAGCUUCGGCUCAUCUGGUUCUUCAGGGUCCUCUAGCUUUGACUCACCAGGUUCUCCAGGUUCUAGCUUCGGUUCAAAUGGGUAUCCAGGUUCUAGCUUCGGCUCAUCUGGGUCUUCAGGUUCUUCUGGCUUCGGUUCGUCUGGUUCACCUGGAUCUUCUGGCUUUGACUCCUCUGGGUCUUCUAGUUUCGGAUCGUCUGGGUCAUCAGGAUCGUCCGGCUUCGGGUCCAGUGGAUUGUCAAGCUUCAGCUUCGGUUCCUCGAGCACUGGCUCUGCCUCCAGCGGGACCUCGAGCAGUUCCGGCGGUUUUUCAGGAGGAAUUUCUUCGGACUUUGGGAACAACCUCAACGGAAGAGGCACUGGGUCUCUGGUCAAGAAAUCCACAAAGGAAGGAGCGACCUCGGCUGUAACCUCGGAUAAAGACGCUUCCAAAACCUCUUAAGUCGCCUGUUUAAUAAGUGAUGACUUAGUGCUUCGUCUCUAUUCUUCUGUUUAAGAUGCAUAUGCAGAUUCCUUGUGACAGGGAAUUCUGUUCUUUUAGAGACUUGUAAUUUGCAAAACUAUAUAUCUGUGAUCUUAAUAGGGAGUUAGAUACUAUUCAGGUUUUAUAAUGGUCUUAUUUUUUAUCUCGACUCCCACUCUGUAUAUCGUUAAUGAUACUCUUUUAAAUAAACCUUAUCUCGAACAAGGCUCGCAACCUACCUACGUAUGUAUAGUGACAGGUCUUUAUUUCACACGGCCAAGUUUUUUUUCUUCUGUGUAACUGAAACAUACACAUUAUACACAAGUAUAUAUAUAUAUAUAUAUAUAUAUAUAUAUAUAUAUAUAUAUAUAUAUAUAUAUAUAUAUAUAUGUCUAAACACACUCACAUCAACAUAUUUACCCUUCAUAUAGCUCAAUGGAUGGAUGCAAUUAAAAGUAAUUUUCUGCGCUCUGAGUCUGCAGGAGUUCGGGCUCUCCUUUCCUAUUUUCCAAACUGACUGUGAAAUGCUUAUGUACCUAGUGAACUUGUGACUCAUGUUUAGGUACCACUAUGUAAUAAAACAUACAUUUGG